UUUCACUCACUCUACAUGAAUUAUUGGCAAUUUAGACUCCAACCAAAGCUUGAGUUUUGAGACUCAAGAAACUACUCUUAGUUAAAGGUGGGAAGUGAAUAAAUGAUUAGUGAAAGUUCAAUUCCUCUUAAUUAAUUGUUUGAGGGAGAAAUGAUAAGCCUAGCAUUGUUGAAUGCUAGGCAGCCAAAUGUGGUUUCAAGGCAAUGAGUUCAUACAACAAAUUAAGCGCAGUUAUUAUUGAACGUUACUUUCAGAAAGUUGCUAGCUUGGUUUACCUGUAGCCAUGUCGUCACCACCGUGUCGGCCGGCUGUCCUAACGAUACCUCCCGGCAUUAGUCCAGCAGCAUUGCUUGAUUCUCCGGUGACGUUUCCAAAUUCAGUGGCACCUACUGAAACAAAUGUACAACAAACUUUGAACAACAUUGAGUUAACAAAUAAGCAAAUCUCUCAGCAAGAAGAAUUUACCAAGAAAGAAAACCAAUUUGGUUUUUUCAGUUCUAGCAUUAGUCCUAGCAGUUCAGAUGAUGGAUUCACAUGGAGAAAAUACGGACAAAAGCGCGUAAAAGGGAGUAAUUUUCCAAGAAGUUACUAUAAAUGUACUCAGCAAAGUUGUCCUGUUAGGAAAAAAGUAGAGUGUGCACCAAAUGGACAGGUUAUAGAAAUUGUCUACAAUGGUGCUCAUAAUCACCCGAAAACUCAAUCUAUUCAACGACCAAGUAUGGAUAAUUCUUUUGUUGUUAGGGACGUGGAGGAAAUAGGCCAAGAAAAUGCAUCAGUUUGGAGAUAUCAGCAAUUUGAGUGUAAUAAGAAUGUUACAAGUUACAAUGCUAAUGGUCUAAAAAGAACAUCCUCUGCAUCUGUCUUGACUGAAGUAUCUGAUCCAAUGUCAACCAAUCCAAAAUCCAUGAAUGUGUUUGAAUCAGCUGGAACUCCUGAGCUUUCUUCUACACUUACUAGUUAUGAUGGCGACGAUGGAGAUUGGGCCACUCAAGAAGGUACUUUCCUUGGUGACGAUGUCAAUGAGUAUGAAUUAGAGCCAAAAAGAAGGAAGAAAGAAAGUUAUUCAGCUGAACCAAGUUUAUUAUCAAGAACAGUGAGAGAACCAAAAGUAGUCCUCCAGGUAGAGAGUGAGAUCGAUAUUCUUGAAGAUGGCUAUCGCUGGAGAAAAUAUGGCCAAAAAGUUGUCAAAGGGAACCCAAACCCCAGGAGCUACUAUAAAUGUACCAAUGCUGGAUGCAUAGUGAGGAAGCAUGUGGAAAGGGCUUCAGAUAACUUAAAAUCAGUAAUCACAACAUAUGAGGGGAAACACAACCAUGAAGUGCCUUCAACAAACAAGACAAAUGGUGUUCCCGGACACAUUCAGUCAGCAUCCACGUUGAACGGGCAAACUAAUUGCAUGACAUCUCGAAAAGGUCCCAAAGGUUCAAAUUGCAGAGUGCAAGUUCAAGAUCUUCCAUUUCCAUUCGAACGAAAACCUUUCGUUGGAAGUGAAUAUUUAAGGCCAAGUUUUGUUGGAAGUUACCUCGGAGACUUGAGUUUUGGAGCUUGUUCCUUGCAGCUUCCGAAUUUUCCAUUGCCAUUGCCAUUGCCAUCGCGAAUGAGUUUUCCUGCAAGAUUAAACGAGCCUCCUCUUGAUGACUUUCAUUUGAGUAACCAUCACUUACUGCCAAAUGGUGCAUCCAAUUCUUUUCUUGCAGUUGGGAAUAUGCAACAUAUUAACGAUGACAACAAUAAUUCAAGUCUCCUUAAAGCCAAAGAGGAGAUUCAGUGGACCUAGCUCUGUCUUAUUGGCUUCUGAUACAUCGUUCAAUAUAGAUUUUAUUCUAGUAGAUGCAUCUGCACUCAUUGCUUUCGACUUAAAUAAUACAUAUAUAGUACCAGGUUUGGGAAUAUAUAUAUUUAUCCUAUCAGGGUGUCACCAGCCGAUUCUAUGACACAAC